AUGGGCUACAAGAAAUUCAGUUUACUGGAUGCAUCAAAUGACUUGGAUGUAUUAUACACCUACGUGAAUAUAUCCCAUUAUAUAGCAGAAGUGGGCAUAGAAGAGGUAGUGAAGAAGGUCAAGGAGGUCAAAAUGAAAGACAAGGCAAUGGGAAUGUACGCACUGACUGCUCUAGAGAAAGUGGUAUUUGAGAUUUUGAGUGAGGAAACCAAGGAUACAGAAAUAGAAGAAGAGUACAGAAAAAGCAUGGAGAAAUAUAGCAAAAUAAAGGAAACAGCUAAGGAACAGGUAGAAGGAACAAAAGAUGAGGAGAAGGAUACAAAAAAGAGCAAUAAGAAAAUAAGAGACCAUGCAAUAAUUCAGAAUAUUUCACACUUACUAGGGCCGUUUGUCUACACAAAUGACAAAAUAUGCGUAGAUUUUGUAGCAUUCUUCUACAGGAAGAUCGAUGUUGAUGCAUUUGAAUUAUUGUUUGAAUCAUACAAGGAUAAGGAAGAUUUGUUAGUGGAACUGCAUCUGCUGAAAGCAAGGCUGGUUCAGGAUAAGAUUGGCGAAAGAGGCGUCUAUGACAUGACAAAGAUGAAGAAAAUGCUCAAGGAAAAGAAGCAAGAGGAAAAGAGUUCUGAAAAAAUAGAAAAUUCAAAGAUCCUGGUAUUCAACAGCAACAUUGUAGAGGCAAAGAAACUGCUUAUGGGAAUAACAAAAAAGGAUCAGAAGUUCUUCAUUGAGAAUGCAGCAUUAUUUUUGUCGUUGAAGUAUGACUCAGACAUAUUUUAUGCUUUGAUGAAGUGUGCCAACAAUACGUACUUCUAUCCCAGUACAGCCAAAUUGACUCUACCAUGGUAUUUCUACAAGUAUCUAUACAUCAACUCGCUGAUAUAUUUCGACUUACCAUACAACCCGUGGACUUUGAAGUAUUACCUGGAAUAUUUUAUAGGACUAGGAGAUAAUUCACUACCAAAUGAGAUGGGGUAUCUGAUGGUAGAGAAGUGGCUACAUAAGAACUGUAGUGGUAGCAUAGGAGACAUAAUGAAACUGGUAGGAGUCAAUGCCAAUUAUUACAAAUUGGCAUUUAUGCAUAUUUUCACAUCUCUGGUGAAACACUCAGAUAAUCAGACAACAGGAGAGAAGUUUGGUUGUCUCUUAGAAUCAAUAGAAUACUAUUUGGAGGUGUUUGACAUGGAAGAAGUGGAAGAAGUGGAAGAAGUGGAGCUAAAAGAUGAUUUGAAGGAAGAAGUCAAAAACGAAUUCAAAUUAAGUUUAAAUGGCAUAAAAUAUUCAAAACACGAAGAAAAUACCAAAGAAAUGCUUAGCAAAUACAUUGGUAAUGAAGAUGGCCUAAAGAAGCUUGAGGUGGACUACAAAAAUGAGCUAAAAUACGAUGAGAACAUCGUCAGGUUCAUACUACACCAGUUUAUUGAGCUGGUGUUGAAUGAAACUAAAACUACCAAAAAUAAGCUCAAUUGCAUAAUUCAGAGGUAUAAGGAGACCCUGAAUCAAUUUCUGGUUGAUUUGUCAAAGAAUAAGAAGUACAAAAUGACUUUUAUGACCAAAAUAGUGGAAGAUGGAAUACUACAGAAUGUAGGGGAAGAUACGAGAAGCAAAAUAGGAAAGGUGAUGCUGAAAGUGAAUAGAGGAGAGUGGAGAUACUGUAAGUAUGUGAAGGAGAAUAGAGAGCGAAUUGAUAAGGUGUUUUGUGUGGAGUUGAAGACCAAUGAGACAAGUUUAGAGGAGAUGAGUAAGAACUGUUAG